AGAGAGGGAAACUGAACCCUCUUGGCUCAGCAGGCCACAGAGCAGAAGAGAUGGAGUGCAAGUAUUAUAUAUGCUGAUUCGGAUCAUCAUAUUCAUUCAGGUUGAAGUUAUAUUCAGUUGUUCUGGACAGAAUUUCAGAGUAUGUCCCAACGGAAAUGAAACUUUUAACAUCCUCAGCUUCUUCUUAAAUGCUUUUUCAAGAGACUCUCUGCCAUUCAGGAAUAAUGCUUCUUGUGGCUUCUGUUAGGUGAGACUUGUGAAUAUUUAACAAUGGUUGAAAUUUCUUCAAACUCAACAGACAUUCUGAGACUGCAAGGCUUUGACCUACCUCCUCAAGGGGUGUAUGCUGCAUUUAUUUUCGCCAUGCUGAGUUACCUUUUAAUUAUCUUCUGUAACGUUUUCCUGAUGGCCACCAUUAUCAUGAAUAAGACCCUCCACCAGCCUAUGUACUUCUUGCUCUUUAACAUGCCCAUCAAUGACCUCAUUGGCUCCUCAGCCUUCUUCCUGCAACUCAUCAAAGAGAUCCUGCUGGACUCCAGGUACAUCGAGGCCUCCAACUGCAUCGCUCAGGCGUUCUUCGUCCACAUUUACUGGGUUACCGCUGCCUUAAUUCUCUCUGCCAUGGCUUACGACAGGUACAUCGCCAUAUGCAACCCACUGAAGUACAGCACCAUAAUGACCAACAGCCACAUCGCGAAAAUAAUCGCAUCGGUGUGGCUCGUGGCCCUGCUCUUGAUGGGCGUGCUGUUCGGCCUCCUACUACGGCUGCCUCGGUGCAGAUCUUUAAUAUCGCAAACUUACUGUGACAAUCCCUCUCUGCUUGCACUAGUCUGUGCAGACACCACCAUCAACAACAUUUACGGACUGUUCAUCACAGCCGGCUUGCAAGUGUUCGCCGUGGGUAUGAUUCUCUACACCUACCUUCAGAUUUUGCUUGCAUGCUUUAAAAACAAACACUCUGACACAAAGAGCAAAGCUUUGCAGACCUGUACAACUCAUUUAACCCUCUUCAUCAUUUUGGAGUGUUUAGGACUUUUCACAAUUAUCUCAUAUCGCGUAAAGCAGCUGUCUCCUCAUUUAAAGAGGAUGAUUGGAGUUUCCACCUUGAUAUUUCCCCCUACUCUCGACCCAAUAAUAUACGGCCUUAAAACAAAGGACAUCCGACAGAGGAUUAACAUGGCAAUCCGCAAAACAGUGAAUCCUUAAUUUUUCUUUUGAAAUAUAUUUUUGUGGUAAUACUGCUUACUAAGUCAGAGAAAUACUAGAAAUUUAGGAUUUAUUUACUUUUUUUUUUUUUUUCAGAACGGAUCAACAGGAGUCUUUUAGCCCUAUCAGCAUACAUGUCUCCAGUGCAUAACCAGAAAAGUAGCUGCCCAUGUCAUUUUAAAGAAUUUAUACACUGUAUGUCUAAACUAUGUAAGACAUUAAAAGUGCUUUAAGAAGUCCAAUAAUUCCUCAGCCAAUCCUAGACUUUGAAAACCAAAGUCUUUUCAAACAGCUGUUGAUGAAAAACCAUAUAAAACCAUUAGUUUUAUGGCUCCAAAAUUAUUCAUAUAGCAACAUGAAAAAUAUAUUUUUCUGGGGAAUCACAUUCACAUGUUUUCAGUUCAGUGCUUUAGAUAUACCUAAAUGUGAUGUUUGUGCUCCAAAAUGAAUAUGAAAGUAAAGUAGAGGAAUGUAGCCUCUUGUUAAUCUUUAAGUCAUAUUAUGGCAGAGAGUCUGAUGGAAGACUUUUCCCUCCCUGUUGUUAUUCUCACAGAUGAUCUUCCUUUGCAGCACCUUGUGUGACUCUAGAACCGCAGAAGGCUUAAGGAUAGGACAUUUAAAGAACAAAGAGUGAAAUGGUGAACUAGUUGUAGUUGUAAAAAUACUCUUUAUGAUACAAUAUGUGUUUUUUUCAGGAAAGGCCCAGUGGAAUUAAUGGGAAGCAACAAGCAAACAGGAAGCUUUCAGGUUCAGCUUCCACUAUAAAUAAAUGUUGUGGUAUGAAGAA